UGAAGAAAUACAAGAAGUGGCAUCUCCCUCCACCCAUAGUUCGUAGUAUUGCAGUCCGCAGAUGGAUACUCUUGGGGGGUUUCAAGAAACAAUCACGCGACAACUCGUUUCUUGUAACACAGCACAGCGAGCUUCCUGUGAAAGUGAAAGUAAAGGAGUCGCCACAAAACUGUGGGAGUCGUUUAUUCGACGAAGAAGCAAUGGCCGAAUGCAAUUUUGACAACGCAUCAGAAAGACCCUCUCUCUUGGAGGCAGACCUAACCUGUCCAGUGUGUAAGGACCUCUUCCGAGAACCAGUUCUUUUGUCCUGUACCCACAGUUUCUGCCAUGAUUGUCUGGAGCGUAGCUGGGAGCAGAAAGGGAUACGGGAAUGUCCCGUGUGCAGGAAGAGGUGCGAAGGCGAGCAGCCGAUUCCCAACCGUGCGCUGAAGAACACAUGCGAGUCCUAUCAGAAAGAAAAGGGCCUUUGGGUUCCGCUCGUGGCCGAGAAACGGUGUGGGUUACACCACAAAGAGCUGGUGCUGUACUGCGUGAAGGACGAGGAGCCCGUCUGCGUCGACUGUGUAACGCUGCAUAGAGGCCACGAACUGAGUAAUCUGGAACAGAGCGCACCUUACUGCAAGGAGGAACUGGACAUUAAAUUGCGUGUCUUGGAAGAGAAAAUGCAAUUCUUUAAAAUAAUUAGUCACAAAUAUAAGGCAACAUCGGAGUAUAUCCAGAGUCAAGCUCAACAGACAGAGAGACAGAUAAAAAUGGAGUUUGAGAAACUUCAUCGGUACCUGAAUGAAGAGGAGGCCUGCAGGAUCGCCAUGCUGAGAGAGGAGGAGGAGCAAAAGAAGCAGAUGAUGGAGGGGCGGAUCGCCAGUCUUAAACAAGAAAUGACUGAGCUGGCUAAGCUCAUCCAAACUGUAAAAAGGGAGAUGGGGACUGAUGUCCUAUCUUUCCUGCAGCUGACUGUAGAAUGUCACUGCAGAGCCCAGUGGACCGCUGAUGAUCCUCCAAGUGUCUUCGGGUCGCUCAUCAACGUAGCCCAACACCUCGGCUCGCUCGCCUUCAAAGUGUGGGAGAAGAUGCAGUCGCACGUGGCGUACAUCCCAGUGAUACUGGACCCCAACACUGCGUCCCCCUGGCUCUCCAUGUCUCCGGACAUGUCCAGCGUGUAUGCCAGCAAGGAGAGGCAGCUGGUGCCGGACAACGCGGAGCGCUUCGACCCCUGCGUGUUCGUCCUGGGCUCGGAGGGCUUCACCUCCGGGCGCCACCACUGGGACGUCCACGUGGGCGACAACCCCAAGUGGAUCGUGGGAGUCUGCAAGGACUCCCUGCCCCGGAAGCGCAAGUUCACCAUGUCCACCAAGAGUGGCGUGUGCACCAUCGGGCUGAGCAAAGGGGUGUACAGCGCCCUGACCGUGCCCCGCACUACGCUCCCUCUGGAGAAGCUGGAGAAGGUCAGGGUGAAGCUGAACUGUGAAAAAGGCACGGUGUCCUUCUGGGAUCCCAGCAAGGACGAGCACAUCUGCACCUUCAAUGAGAAGUUCACCGAGAGGGUGUUCCCGCUCUUCGGUCCGGGCCUUCAAGUCACUCCCAUGGCCGUCACUCCAGCGAGCAUCACCCUAAACUAUGCGUGAGGAGCCAGACUACUCACUUCAGGUAGCCUGAGAAGCUACAAGGUGACCGGCUUUCCCUGCUUUGCCUUGCUUUUUGCAUGACCGUGAUGAAUUGUGAAUCAGAGUGAUCAGGAGAGGAAGGGAAGUUCUUUGAGAGGCUGAUUUGAAUAUUUUGAUCUUUCAGAUUUAGGACUUUAAAUCUUUUUUUUUGUCUUUACUGUCCAUCUCAGAUAUUUGGUAGGGGGCUUUAAAUGAAAAAUUCACCUGGAAAAUGUCAUUAGAAAAUGUGCUGCUCUUUUCUGUGUGGGGAGUGGGGAGUGUGGCUACAGUGCCUGUAGCGUGGGAUCAGAUUGCGGUGGAGCAUUUGUAGCUACCUAACUACUGAAAUGACAGAGGUGCAGCACAAAUACAGCAAAGCUGUACAUGUAGUAAU